GUAGUAGAAGAAUUCCUCAAAUGGUAUUAAAAAUGUAAACAAUAGCGACAAAUAUCCGGAAAAAUGAAGUGUCGCCCCGUGAACCAACCGCUAUUUGGCAUUAAGGCAGAGUAAAAGUACAUCCUGAAUAUUACAGGGUCUGUGCACGAGAGAAACACUACAAAGUAACUGAGGCCAGUGGUUUGCGUGGUGUUAAAAUACAACCUCGUCCCAUUCCAGACUAUGUUACACUGUGAUUUUCUUCCCUACACCGAGGUGUUCUUUAUCUCCGGAGAGAAGCACAUGUAUCGGAGAGUGGCCUGCGGGGGGCAGCAAACCUCGAGCAGUCCUUCUUGACUGGGUCCAGUUGCCCCCACCUGGUGGUAAUACAGGUCCAUUCUUCAAUAAUAACUGGAACAAUUAUUUGACCCCAAACAUCUCUGUGAGUGGGUCAGGUAAAUCUACAGUCAAGCAGUAAUUGAGAGUAAAGAAUUCUGAACACUUUAUUUUUGGUGCCUCUCAGAAACCAACAGCAAUAAAAGUAAAAUAUAAAAAAAUAUACCUGAAUACCAAAUAAGAUAAUUAAACAAGUCAAGAUACAUAGCAAGAUAAAAGAUAAAUAGUCAGAUACAAUGUUGAAAUGUUGAGGUAGUGACCAUUGUAUACAGCGUAGCCUAAAUAUGGACGAGGGCUGGUAGACAGCAAUAGUUUAAAACGGUGCAGUGUAGGGGGGAAUUGCACAACAGUUGAAUCUUCUAUUUAUGUCAGUCAAGCUUGGUGUGCAUUAGCAGCAGUUGGGUGGGGUGGGAGGAAGGAGAAGCUAAACUGGUUACAGUUCAAACUUCAGGGUGAUGGUGUUGUUAUAUAUUUGCUUUUUCUUCCACUUCCUACUACUCUUAAUUAUACAGACCGAUAUGGACGGUGCAUCAUAGCUGCCAAACAGUGCGGGAGAUUGUACAACGUUGCUUAGCAACCCUGUAAACCGAGUGAAGGAGGAAGAUGAGGAGUAAAUAUAGCAAGCGACAAAUGAAUAUAAAUAUUUGACAAGGCAAUUCAGUUCGCCAGAAUUAAAGCAGGAGUAGGACAACAACAAUGUCAACACCGCAGGAACAAGCGAAUCUCGGCAAAGUACUCAGCUUUCUCCGUGAAUGGGACCGUGGUGACAGGACAGUCCGCAGCCGCAUGUUGAACACCUUUCUGAGUCAAAACGCAGGGAAGAGCUUUUAUGAGCUUGAGUGUGAGUUUGCUCAGGUGUCCAGUCUCUUUCUGGCUCGACUCACCACCUGGACGAGACUCACAUACAUGUUUGGGACAUUCUUGGGACUCCAGUUAAAGGCUAUCAGGAUUUUCCUGUCUGCAUCAGGCCAUGAUCAGUACCUGAUGGAGUUUCUGGAGGAUGGAGGUGUUCUCACCCUCCUGGACAUCUUGAGCCACACUCAGAGCAAAGAGGAGGACAAAGCAGAGGCCCUCCAUCUUCUGCUCACAGUCUCCUAUGCUGGUCACAAGUACAAAGAGAUUAUCUGUGAAAGCCAUGGUGUCAAAGUUAUAGCAGAGCGCCUGGUUGAGUCAAACACAGAGGAAACCCAAAAGACAGCUUGGGCCCUGCUGGAGUCCUUGUCCCAAGGGAAUCCUAAAUACCAAAAUCAAAUCUACAGAAUCCUCAUCGCCCUCAUGGCUUGUAACUCUCCUAAAGCCCAGCAGCUGGUCGUUCACACCUUACGCACUGUUCAGUCUAAAAAGAAGACGGCCCACCAUAGCAUUGUAGAACCUCUGCUGAAUAUGCUCAGAUCCCUGCACAUGGAGGUCCAGGGAGAAGCUAUUAAUCUAAUCUUAGACCUGAAGUGUUAUGAUGUGAGACCAAUGCUGCUCAGUGGCCUGGUGGCUCUGCUUAGGCCUAAUAAAGAAGAAGUAAAGCCACACCAGAUCACAGAAGAGGCUGAGAUGAUCAAGAUGACUGGAUCUCUCCCUGUGUUUGUGCAACAAGCUGCUGCAGCUAAAGCUAUACGGUUGCUGGCUGAGGAAGAUCAAGAACUUUCUCGUGAGUUUCUCUCUCUUGGAGUGAUCCAGUAUCUCCUCUAUGCUAUGGGCAACAGAGAACACACUGAUACACAAAUACAAGCCAGCCUGGCCUUGGAGCACUUUAUCCGCUCAUUCCCAGUCAUAGAGGAACAUGUGCAGAGAGUCAUGGGCAGUGCACUGUUAACAGCCUUCAUGCACCAACCUGGGAGUUUUUACAUGAAUCUGGAUGAAACACAAGCAGAAAUCCUGCUUACUAACAAAGUGGACAUAACUGAAGUUUUGAAUGGAGGGAACUCUGAAGGCGGACAAGAGGAACACCUAAAUCAUUUUAAUUAUGAGGACAAAUGAAAAUCUUCAAGACCUUCUGUAAAUGUUUUGUACUUGCAUGUCAGUAAAACAGUUUAAACGUUAA